AUGGCGCAAUCUGGUGUUCCACAGCUAAAACGACUCGGUAAUGACGGUGUCAAACUUCAAAGUACCUCACCUACCUUACCGAUACAUGGUCCCAAAGUCAAAAAGUCUACCAACGCUUGCUACGCUACGCUACGUUCUAUGCCCGAGUGCGCUGCCGUCGUCGACUUGUCAUUCAUCGCCUCCAAACUUAGGUUUCCGGUCCAAACAACACCCCCCGUCAACUGGGUAUCUGAUCCAAUCUUGACUAACGGCAAACGCAAGCCCCAUACUUUGCAACGAAUCUUGCGCAAUCAUCAACUCUUCGCCUGCAGCCCAGCACGCUCAUCUGGGCAAUCAGCUACCUAUCCUCGGGGGCUGCUCGUCCCUGCUUCGCCUUGCCUCGCCUCAAGCUCGUCUCAUUGCUCAGGCUGCUCACCUUCUUGCCUGGCGCCACCUGCCGUCGCUCUUGGUACCAGCCAACCGGAUCGACAGACGGCAGAUCCGCGCUGGCACUGUCUCGAGACUCGACUGUCCGGGAUCGAGACUUUGUCCACUUCCACUUUGUAUUUCUUCAAUGGUAGCGCUGACCGUAGCUCUCGUCGUUGUCUCCUUGCCUGGCGGACGGAAUGA